UUACAGAAUUUUCAUAAUUUGAUUACAAUAAUCAACUUUUCUUAAUUCGCGUAUGAGUUAAAUGUGACCUGUAGCUAUAAUAAUGAAUAUAUAAUUUUCUAUGGUUGCAUUUGAUCCAUCAAGCGCACAAGUAAAUACAUGUUCCUGGCAUUUUUUUCUCUUGUAAUCUUGACAAGAAAACUACUAACAAUACAAAAAAAAAAAUUAAAACUACUAACAAAAAACCUCUUCUGUGUGUUUUCAAGAAAAAGGAACAAGAAACUGUCUGAAGAUUUGGGUAAAAUUAGUGCUAGGAAGAGUCAGAUAGUGACACACUUGCCUUAAAUUGCUAAUUAAACUGUAUCUUUGAACAGAUUCCAAUCUUCCUCUACUGGUAUCUUUAGCCAACCGGAAGCGCGUGAUACCGGCCUCCUCUUCCCCUACCCAAAUCCGCCCACCAAUUCGAUUACACCAAUCUUUUACCACCGUUGCCGGAUUCGGUUAUCCUUCUUUUACGACGUCCUUGUUGAACAUCGGAGACCGCCGCCAGUUUUGACUCCGUUCCCCUCUGUAUGAUCAGAUAGUUGACAUGGACGAAGUAAUGACGGUGGCCGAUGCAUCUUCCACCUUCCGCGCUUACCCAUCGGACCCGUCCAUUAUGCCGUCCAAUUUCCCGCUCGUUGCCGCCUUCUUAGCUUGUUUUCUCGCCCAGUUCCUCAAGAUCUUUACUCAUUGGUUUAAGGAGAAAAGAUGGGAGUCUAGGAAAAUGCUUAGUUCCGGCGGAAUGCCUUCUUCACAUUCUGCAUUAGUUACUGCUCUGGCUGCGGCAAUAGGUUUACAAGAAGGUCUUGGGGGAUCUGCUUUUGCCAUUGCAGUCAUUUUGGCAUGUGUUGUCAUGUACGAUGCUACUGGUGUUAGGCUUCAUGCUGGCAGGCAAGCUGAAUUGUUGAAUCAGAUUGUUUGUGAAUUGCCUCCUGAACAUCCAGUUGCUAAUGUGAGGCCUCUACGAGAUUCACUGGGCCACACUCCUCUCCAGGUUUGAUUCCAUAAAAUGCUUUCAGAUUGUUUGCUUGUCACCUUUGGUUUAAUUCAUGCAAAAUAGUCCAUCUGUUCUUGAGUCUUUAUGUCCAUCUCAAAUGCACGUGCUGUGAAACGAGUCUAUGUUACUGAAUAAUCAGCUGUGUUUGUGCUCUGUGCUUUUCAACCAAAUUAUCUGCCAGUCUUUGUUGUACAUAUUUUGAGAUUUAUGUGCUCUUUGUAAGGUUCUUUUAUCGAGCUUAAAUUCUUGCACCCUCCCUGUGGGCUUUUGCAAUGAUUUGACCUUGGAUGAUAAGCUACUCAUUGUAUACAUUUUGUUUCCAGGCCUUGUUAAACUUUCUAUUGGAAAUCUUUGGGAUAACUGUUCAUUUGAGAAGAAUUACAGUAGAUUUUAUUGACUUUUGUACCAUCAUGGUUGCUAACAUUUCCUUUCCUUGCUCAUGACCUCACACCUAUUGCAAACAGAAGCUCUUAUUAAUUCUUGUUUGUCUUGACAUGUUGAUAAAUAGGAGUUUGGAACCUAUCUCUGGAUCAGUUUAUCUCUCUGUUCUCUUGCUGAUUAUAUUGUAUUGUCUUCCAUACAGGUCCUUGCUGGUUCUUUGCUUGGAACUGCGGUCGCAUAUUUCCUGAUCAGCUUUACUUACUAGAAUGGUGCCUCUGGCUCUUACAAAAAUCAGGUAGUGACGUGCCUGUCAAUUUCAUGUGGUGGCUGCCUUUUCUGACCUUGUAACAUUGCAAGAAGAGAACCAGAUGUUACGAUUUGACCCGCAAAAAAUGUAAGAUGUGCUUGUUAAGAAAUAGGAUGGGAGGGAAUUAUAGUUGUGGGUUAGUGUUAGAACCUAGAAGAGGUGGAGGUGCGGAUACUUUUUUUUGAUUGAUUUGAUGGUGUCAAAUCAGUUCUUUAAGGAUAAUCUCAUCCGAAGUAGUAAGGUUCUCGAUCAGUUUGUUCAUGUUCUGCUCUAUCCCAGUUGAAUCAAAAGAAUGUAGCGUUCAUGAGAACUAGUUUGCUGUGCUUAUGGCAAUUUAAGCUCAUUUCUAAAAUUUCUAUGGGCACCACUCUGUUGAGAUGGGGGUAUAUAAAUGCUUCUGAGUAAACCAGGUUCGGGGCUUGUGUUUGUUUGUUGUAUGACUUGUAAUUCAUUUCAAAGGAAAAGAGUGAUAUCAGUCAUAUAUGAAUCCUAUCUAUAUGUGCAUAUAUGAUUCUCUAAGUUUAGGAGUCAGAAGUCAGAACAAUGCAUAUGGACAAGCCAACUUCUUGACUGCAAGUGGUGAAAUGACGCCCGAUAGAGAAAGAAAAGAGGUAUAACAAAAUUCUUUACGGCACAUCACUGCAUCAGCCGUGCAGCAUAAGAACAGCUAAUUAAGAAGCGCACCAUAAGAAAAUGGGUAGAAAACAUUGAUUUAACGUCCAGCAAAGGUUCAGAGUCAGCCUCCAGGCCACCAAGUAGCAGAAGUGAAAUAUGCAGUUGAGCCAAUUCAAAUGGACCGGUGAAUUGACAGGGUAGAAGAACAACAAAUGCAAUAGAGAAGAACUAAGCUGACCUAUAUCGAAAAAGAUGGAGCCCAGAGGACAAAGAUCACAAUUAGCUUUGUUUGUGGGGUCCUAACUAAACACACCUCUCUUACGGCGUUGGUACGGCCACGACAGAGAAAUGGAUGGCAAAGUUAAAUUAAAGAAAGUGCAAUGGGCUAUUUUUAGGCCGAGACAAAGAGAAUACUGAGAAGGAGAGCUGCUUCCCCUCCUAACCUCUCAGAAACAAAGACAUUCCGAACAAAAUAGGGAUCAUUAGCCGAAUCAAUGAAGAAUGAUCCCACCGACCCUUAUCCUCCUAUGUCCAAUCAAACCUCCUCCCUUUUUUUCUUUUUCUUUUUCUUUUUCUUCAGUCGCAAUUUCGCAUGUUCUUUGGUCUCCUUGGUUCAUCUCAGCUGGAUAAUGCAACAUCUUUGUUAUAGUUCUGCUGAUGUUUCCACUUAAAGCUUAUGGGUUUGUCCUUAUAGUUUGUACUCCCAAAAUAAGUUUAGGAGUUAGUUUGGUGACACACACACACACACACGAUGUAUACAUAUGCUGCAAAAUUGAUCCCCAAAAAUUAGAUCAACUUGAUGUGGUGGGGAGAUUCAAUAAAAAGAAAUGCU